AUCAGUUCAUUGUAGACAGUCGUGUGGUUCGGUUGACAAAAGCUCGUUGUUUCGCGUGUGGAUACGGAAUUCAAGUGGUGGGUGGUAUGUAAUUCUUUCGAGGUUCGGGGGGCAUUUAUUUUGAUACACACACAUGUGACAGCUUUUCACGCGACAAGGACGUAGCGACAUCAAAACAAAAACUUCGUUGCAGCCGAGCUUGCAUUCCAUGUUCGCCGCCGUCGGUCGGUGCUUCCGUUUGUUGCAGAUGAGCGGAGUGAUUCGCGUCGCCUUCGAGUGUUUUUCGCACAAGCAAGCUUGAGUUGGUGUUGGUUCUGCGGUGGUCUGGAAAAAGGAUACUUGAUAGCACUGAGGGAAAAGCUGACAAAAGUGCCGGUUUUCCAGAGCGGGUGCUGUUCUCGCGGUGUUUUCCAACCGUUGGAUUGUUGUAUAAUCAGUUCGUGAGUUGGAAUCGAAAGUGAUUGGUCGCAGUUUUUCUCCUUCCGGUGAAUAGUGAAUCUGCAGUGAAAAUUCCUGUCUAUGGACUGACCAUCUGGGGCGCCAAAGGUGCACCGCAUUAAUUCGCAUAUCAUCGUGAAUAAUGUGAACGAAAUAUGCAUGAUUAACAAUCUGUCCUGCUAGUAGUCAGUGGUGGCGGCGAAGCGAAGUGAAGGUGUGGUUAUUAGUGGUGACUUGGUGUCGUGCGUUCAAAGUACCAAACGCGUCAUAAUUGUCGUCCUGUGAAGCUGGUGAAACACUUCAGGCUUUUCUUUGUGCGUGUGGCAAUCCGAACCAGCACUGAAAACAAUAUUAUGGAAUUAUGUUUGCCGAAAGGAGUUUCCUGAGCUGUUUAUAUAAUACCCUGGUUUUCAUGCAGUUGCUAUACGUGACGCGUUCCUUCGGUGUUGUCUACGACGAGUACGUCGUCGAUCAGGGCAAGAAUCUGACGUUGCCAUGCAGAUCGCAGUUUCCGGUGAUGUGGGUGCACGAAGGACGGCGCGAUGACUUCCAGCAGCGAUUUCAGAGUGAUGGAUCACUGCAGAUCAGCAACCUGACGGCCAAGGAUGGAGGCAAGUACACGUGUUCAGAGCUGGUUCCAACCUUCACCACGGCACUGCUUGACGACUUCCCAGCGAUGGAUGACAGCAACGGCACUGGUGACGGGCUGUUAGUAUUCGGUCCUCGGAACGAUACACAAAACAACGGCAGCUUCGUCAACGAAGAGGAUGAACCUUCGACGCCGCCAGUGCUGCAAAUCGACAGCGCUCCGGAUCGGUACGUACAAAUCCGACAGUUCAACGUCAAAGUGCGGACGCCUCCGCAAGCAGUGUCCAACUUUUUCGUACGGGCCUCCACCAUCAUAGCGGUCCUAGUUUGGGAAGUGAUGCCCAACCGGACGGGAGGCUACGCCGUUCGGGACUUCACGGCCGAGAUGCGUAGGUUUCGAUGGAGUGAUGAAGAACCCGAGGAACGAUGGGAAACGAUCGACCCACGGCACAUAAGCCCGAAUGCGCGCCAGUUGGAGAUCUACCACCUGAUCCCGAACACGACGUACGAGUUCAGGAUUUGGGCGAACAACGCGCUCGGGGCAGGCGAAGUGGUGACGAUCACGGCGACCACCACGCCUGAUAUGGAAGAGAAAGACCUGAUCCGGCGGAUCAUGAUCGAUGCGCAGAACUUUGACACUCGCGUUUGGAUCGCAGCAGUCGGCGUCGUCAUGGGAACGCUGGUUAUCCUGUCGCUCGGGACCUGCAUUGUACUGUACAAGGAAUGCCGCGAGCCAAUCGGUCUUUCAGAAACAAACGAUUUCUUUUGAACCAAAAACCAAUCCCAAGGACCACAGUAAAUAGCGGUCUCAAAUUCCACAUACGAUAACGAAAUUAAUUCCAAAGAAUCUUAAGCUUCAAUAAAGUGAUACAUAUUUGAUCAAAUUCUAUUCCAACAUAGAGUAACACCACUAAAGUAAGAACUAUAAUCAAUUGACAUAACUGGCGGGAACACAACCUUAAUCAAUAAGUUUUACUUGAAUCGAAGCUAUUCUAAAUUAGUACCGUUAAGAAACAUUUUCCAAUAUUAUUUUUGAUAAGCGUCACUUGUGCUGUACAGAACACACUUGAAUCCAAUAUUUAUAAAAUUUCUUCUAUUUCAUCCACCUUUGAUCAAAUUUACUUGUGAUAAGCUCUUUAAGCAUAAAUAAAAGGAUAUAUAUUUCAGUGCAAAUUAGAUUGGUCUUGAAUAGAGUAAGAUUAUUUACGAAUCGAACACAUUGCGAUAGCCAUGUUAGAUCAGACCAGUAAAAUUCGCAAUUAAAGCUAUGAAAACAUCAACAUCAGUAGUAGAAGGAAAACUUGGCGAUUUUUGUCGCGCAAUUGUGGGAAUGCAUUUCACUUCCUAAACCACUUAUCGUAACACAUGGACUUAUCUUCGCUUCUUAUCUAAUCUCUAUUUCAUAAAUCAUCAUCUAUUGAACUCAUGACGAAGUAUUGCUUACAUAAUAUCAUGGCUAGCGCUAAACUAUUAAAAAAUAACUAAACUAAAGGUGAAAAUUGAAACCAACUUUUUUUACACGCAUCAUAACGUUUCUUCAAGUCACUUACGAAUGGUGAAAACCGUACAAAAAAAACUACCAAACUAAUACCACUAAACCAAAAAACACUACAAAUUUUUUGCACCACCAUUAAUAACUACCAAAUACAACACAACAAUCGCAACUGGAAUGCAUCUAAAAUGAAAAGAAUCGCAAAUUAGAACAGGCUCACCAAUAAUUAAAAAAAUCAUUCACUCAAUAAAAUGGAAAUAGGAAAAAAGUAUUAUUAUGGACAAGAACAUCACAUGUAAACGCCAGUGUCUUACAUAUUUUAUUACAUUUUCAAAUAAAGGCUGUUGAUGAAUG